AGUCACUCACAUAACACCCCCGCCCGACAACUAUCGAUGAGAAACCAAAGAAGUCCCCGAGCACCAUAGGCAGUGUUUAUGGAUUGACAAGAGUUACUCCUCAUAAUGAGGGCUGUAAGCGAAGGUGCCUCAAUAACCUCCGCUGAACAGUGAAGUCAGGUCAUUCCGGGAAUGCCGUGUGUUCCUGCAUAUAUAAAAGCCUCAUCACGCCCCAAACAGAAGAAAGCAUCUCACCAACCUGAAAGCAUCACCGAUACUUCAAUAAACAGUUAACUUUCCUCUGCAUCUCCCCAAAAUGCCCCGCUGGACCUUCGAACUUGCCCCCGACACCCUCACCAGAGAGGAGAAAGCCCUCCUCGCGCAGCAAAUCACCAAACUCUACACCACCUACGGCAUCCCCGCCUUCUGGGUAAACGUCUUUUUUCACGAGAAUGGCGAGGGCAAUUUCUAUAGUGGAGGACAAUAUCCCCCCAACGCCAUCUUUUUCCACCUCGACCAUGCUGCGAGUAAGAUCGACUCCGAGGAGCUUCGCCGGGAGUUUAUAUCUAAAGUCAAUGAGAUUGUAAGGCCGAUACUUGAUCCAAAGGGGAUUAAGUGGGAAUACAAUAUCUACGAGCAUCCCAGGGAUAAUUGGCGUAUUAAUGGCAUUAUUCCGCCGAUGGAAUAUCCGGAGGUGCUGAAGGAAUGGGUAGAGAAGAAUGCGCCUAUUCCGUAUAAAGGUUCAUCGUUGUGAGUUGGGACUGGUGACAAGGAGAUGUAUAUAAAUUAAGCGCAGGGUUUGUGGUGUUUUGUUCUUUGAUCUACUACAUGAAUUAUUCGAGGGAAAUCAACAGUGGUGUUAUUCCGAGCCUCGAGUAUCGGUAGGAGUUGAGGAGGAAAGGAUUAUAUCGGGCGGCUGAUAUAAAUACAUUAGCACAGCACCACCAAGUAGGGCCCGCUAGUUGCAUAGGGUUGGCUUUUUAAGCACCUCAGCU